GCCCACAUGCAUGUCAAUUUAUUUUGGUACAUUCCCACUGCACAACGUAUAAGUCUUAUUCCCUAAAGACGAAGACCUGGAAUAACUUUCCAAGUCUACUCGAUCUUAAAUAAGCAAAUGAGCUACUGUAUACUAUUAUAAUCGAUGCUCUUCUCCUAGGAUUCAAUCAAUCAAACUAUUUAACAACCAUGUUAGCCUUCAGUUUACCAUUCCUUUUUGUGCUCCUCUUCUCUACCACAACCUCACAACCAUACAUACCGACGGAUCAGGUCUUCCUCAACUGCGGUUCAUCCGCAGCUAAAUAUUCAAAUUAUGAACGGAGACAUUGGGAUGGUGACGAACAUUCCAAAUUCGUGCCUUCCAACAUCACCACCACCUCCUUUUCAUCCACCCCCGACAACCUUGAUCCUUCUGUCCCCCAAAUCCCUUAUUACACUGCUAGAAUUUUUGACACUUGUUCAUUUACCUACACUUUUCAUGUCUCCUCCCAAGGCCCCAAGUUCCUACGUUUACAUUUCUAUCCUGCCAACUACUCUGGUCUCAACACCGAACAAUCUUUCUUUGAUGUAUCAUCCAAUGGAUACUCUCUUUUAACCAACUUCAGCGCUUUCCUGGCUGCCUCCUUUAUAAAGGCUCGAUCUGGCGCUGGAAUGAGCGGUCCACAGGAUCUUCAUGUUGUCAAAGAAUUCCUCAUCUAUGUAAAAGACACACAAAUCUUAAAUGUUACCUUUACACCAUCACCCAACUCAUAUGCCUUCAUCAAUGGUAUUGAGAUUGUUUCAAUGCCUGAAAACCUGUAUUUUAAUGCCAAGACACCGAAACUCGUGAAUCAGUAUUCAGGACCCAUUAUUGAUAACGACACCACACUUGAGAAUAUUUACAGGCUAAACAUGGGUGGAGGAGAAAUAUCCGGUAACGAUGAUACUGGUAUGUACAGGUCAUGGGAUCAAGAUAAUAACUACAUAUAUGGAGCUGCAAUUGGGUUGACGCCUCUUUAUAAUAAUCCGAUCAUGUAUACUACUGAAACGCCCAAUUAUACCGCUCCUGAGCUAGUUUAUCAAACACAGAGGAGUAUGGGCAAUCAGUCUGACAAGUACAAUCUGACUUGGAUACUUCCUGUUGAUUCUGGGUAUUAUUACUUGCUUCGGCUCCAUUUUUGCAAUAUUAUACAACAAUACACAAAACUUGGUCAGGCUGUCUUUACUGUCUUUAUAAAUAAUCAAACUGCUGAGAAGGAGGUUGAUCUAUUCUACUGGACUAAUGGAAGCGGGUUUCCUGCAUUCAUGGAUUACGUUAUAUUUGUCAACAAUUCUGGUGGCCACCGAAGCAAGCAAGAUUUGUGGCUUGCUUUGCAUCCUAACUCCAACACUGAUGAAUAUAGUGAUGCUUAUUUGAAUGGUUUGGAAGCAUUUAAGCUGAGCAUGAACCGUAAUCUUUCAAGCCCAAACCCGGAACAUGAUCCAGAUCACCCACUAACAAGCCUUUUGCCUGCCAUGAGAGGGAACAAGAAGGCUCCAGCAUUUACCACAAUAAUUGGAGUGGUUGGUGGAUGCGUUGUCUUGGUACUCUUUAUCUUAAUUCUUAUAGUAUUUCGACGACAAAGGCGAGUAAAACACCAUAGCACCACAACCGAUAAGUCAUCAUGGGGUCAAACUUCUAGUGAUACAACACUGCCAUCAGAUCGCUGCCGUCGUUUUACACUACAAGAAGUCAAAAUGGCUACAGAUGAAUUCAAUGACAAUUGUAGCAUUGGUAGUGGAGGUUUCGGUAAGGUGUACAAAGGGUACAUGGACAACGCUACAACAAUCGUAGCAAUCAAACGCCUCAACCCUUCAUCCAGCCAGGGUUUUCAUGAAUUCCUAACAGAAAUAGCGCUAUUGUCUAAACUACGUCAUGUCCAUCUAGUGUCCAUGAUCGGAUACUGUGAAGACGAUGGAGAGAUGAUCCUUGUCUAUGAUUACAUGGCCCACGGGACUCUAAGAGAACAUCUCUACAAGACGAGCAAUCCACCUCUGCCAUGGAAAAGACGUCUUGAUAUUUGCAUUGGCGCAGCCAAAGGCUUGAAUUAUCUGCACUCUAUGGAAAAGCGUGCGAUAAUUCAUCGGGAUGUCAAGUCCACAAAUAUCUUACUGGAUGAGAAUUGGGUUGCUAAGGUGUCUGAUUUCGGUUUGUCAAAGCUAGGUUCAAAAGAUCCGUCAAAAACAUAUGUUAGCACGCUGGUGAAGGGAAGUUUUGGGUACAUCGAUCCUGAAUAUUGCCGGACCAAACAACUGACUGAGAAAUCUGAUGUGUACUCAUUUGGAGUGGUUCUUUUUGAGGUGUUAUGUGCAAGACCUGCUAUCGUUCAACGAGUGAGAGAUGAGCAAGUGAAUUUGGCAGAAUGGGGCAAGAGUUGCCAUCGAAAGGGAACCUUAGAAAAAAUCAUUGAUCCAAAUCUUAGAGGUGAGAUCGCUCCUCGGUGUUUGAGGAAGUUCGGAGAGGUGGCGAGUAGUUGCUUGCAUGAGAUAGGGAGUGAACGCCCUGCAAUGGAAGAGGUGGUUUGGGGACUAGAGUUUGCACUGGAACUACAAGAAGCUGCUUAGAAAAUGGAUGGUCAUGAAAAGAGUGAACUCUUUUAUCACAUAGAUAUCAUAUUAUCUCGUACUUAUGUAAUAACUAAACUUGUCAAAAACACUCAAUAAAUCGUUUGUUACGAUUUCACAAAAUAAAAGAGUUGUGUAAAUAUUAUAUCUUACCAUUUUUGUUGUAAGUA